UUCGGUACUGUCUCGUUUGAUUUGGCGGCUCUGGUUCAUACUACUUUUUAUCUCUCUGUCUCUUCCCUCUCGAACCGAAAUCUUCAAGUAAAAUCUCUCGAUUUUUCGAUUUUAAACAAAGACAUGGCUAAACCGAAGCAACAGAAGAAGCCACCCCAUAAGAAGCAGCAAAAUCCACAACCACAAAACAAAAAGCAGGGAAAACAGGAUGAUACUUCUCAAUUUCGGACUCAGGUGGAUGCUUUGGGCCUUCGCAUUGUUGAAGUGACAGCAGACGGUAAUUGUUUCUUCAGAUCCCUUGCUGAUCAGUUGGAAGGUAAUGAGGAGGAACAUCGAAAGUACCGCAGCAUGGUGGUGAAACACAUAUUGGACAACCGGGAGAUGUUUGAGCCGUUUAUUGAAGAUGAAGUCCCGUUUGAUGAAUAUUGUCAGACCAUGGAAAAUGAUGGUACAUGGGCCGGACAUAUGGAAUUGCAGGCAGCUUCUCUUGUAACACGUAGUAAUGUAUGCAUCCAUCGGAACAUGUUUCCUCGGUGGUACAUAAGAAAUUUUGAUGAUUGUCAAGUUCGUAUGGUCCAUUUGUCUUAUCACGAUGGGGAGCAUUAUAAUAGUGUGCGGUUAAAGGAUGAUCCUUGUGAUGGACCUGCAAGGUCAAUUAUAAUUAAGGCUGAUGCCGAUCUUUCAAUGCCGUCACAUCAAACAAAAGAUAAGGCUAGCAAACCGUAUGCUCAAGCUGGUAGGACAACUUUUCAGCCGGGUACCGUAAAGUUGGUUAUGGCUGGAAGUGGUUGUGAAAGCAGAGAAAAAGUGGAACAGAUUCUUGAGCAGGUUAAUGGUGAUGUUGGUGCUGCAAUUGAAUUUCUGAUAGCAGAACAAGGAACAGAAGAGUGCUCUUCAAAUUCUGAUUGCCUUCCUAGUCAGGCUAGUACUACCGGUUCCGACGAAAAUGAGAGUCAUGAGACGAACAAAGAAAACGUAGUAGAGAACAACAUUAAUGAUGUGUUGAGCAAUAGCUCCAGGAAAACCAAUGACAGUAACAAAUUGCAACAAAAUGACAAGAAGAUUCCUAGAAACAAGGUCUGUCCGUGUGGUUCAAAAAAGAAAUACAAAGCUUGUUGUGGAACCGCGUCGAGAAAACAAUCCGCUAAGUAUGUAGCUAACCAAGUUGCCGACUCCAGAAAGAGCAAAAACGAAUCGAAGAAAGGGAUUUCUGCAACAGCUGAAGUAACACCCGAUAUGGGUGCACUUUGUAUCUAAACUGAUAGCAAGUGUAAGACACCUUGUAUUAUUGUUUACAUCAAUUUUUUUUGCUUCCCAGAAGUGAUUUCAAACUGGGAAAGAGUAUACAAAAGAAGAAAAAAUUAUAUGCCAAAUCAUUUGUAAUUUUUGCUGUUAAAGUAAGAUACUUUUGGGAAGAA